AUGAGGUUUCACGCCCCUUUGCACGCUCACAGACCGGUCUCACAUCCCAUCUUCGGCCCUACAAUACAUCGACCGACUCAUAUGAUACCCACAGUCUUUCAAACUAAACAACCCAUACCAUCCAAACUAAUUCCUGCCGAUCAAAUCAAACUGCCACCUUCAUCAUCAUCAUCAACAAUACCACCGAAAAAACUAGCGAAGACUAAGAUUAGCACUAAGAUUAUUCGUGGAAUUUUGGAUUCUGUGCAGAACGAGGUGUCCGCUUCACGUCGUCCAAACCAAUCGAUUCUAGCUUCGCCAAUCUGGCCACAAAAUUUACGUGUAGAGGAUGAUUGGAAAGGUCGCGGUAAAUGGGGCGAAAGUAGACCUGAUCACCUCGAAUGGCUGGGUGUUCAAAAGAAACACAAAGACCUGAUGCUCAGUCUUCGCGCCGAACGAUGA